CACAUUCUCUUUGUGAAGGACACUUGGUGUCCAGGGCCAGGUUCACCUUCACUGCUCAUACAGGGAGAGGCAGAGCGAGGAGCACGGGAGAGAAAGAAUAGAGGUACUGUAAAGAGAGGUGAGACAGGGAGAUUAAGAGAGCGUGAGACAGCAAUUGAGAGAGACAGACAGUGAAAGGUGACAGGGGACAGAGAGAGAGAGAGACAGAGAGAGACAGAGAGAGAGAGAGACGUGUGUCCUUCAUGCUCAUCUUGAGGGCCUGUGGAGUAUAACCCUUUCUUCAAAGACAAACGUGUUGGUCAGGGGUUCACCAUGGCAACCAAGACGCUGAUGACACGGGUCCAGGAAGAGCAGUCCCACCAGAUGUCCCAUAGCAUGGCACUGGCCUCGCAGAUCAAGAAGAAAACCUUCACCUCCAGUGAUGAGGAGGCUUCCUACUCUGAGUUCUAUCCCAUCAUUCCCGGCGAUGUGAUGUCGGUCAAGGAGAUCCUGAACAUCGGCAAAUUCCCACGGCACAGGACAUGGGAUGUCCUGAAGGAGACCAUGGCAGCGGAUGAACAGGGUCUGAGAACUGGAGAGAAGUGGACCCUGUUUGGAAAUGAGGCUGAGAAAGUGGAGGUGGAGGUGCUCAGGGAACAGCGUUAUGUCCGCCAACGCUGUGACCACAUGGCCUUGCGUAGGCAGGCUGAGCAGAAGGCUUCCAUCCAUUUGAAGUAUCUGGAGGACCUGAGUCAUAAGGCCCCAGACUUCCCUAUCCCACUGAGAGCCCACAUGGUGUGGGAGGGCAUGGGGGUCAAACUCUCCUGCACCAUCCAGGGAUGCCCACCACCUAGGGCCACCUGGUAUAAGGACGGGGUACCCCUGAGUGCCUAUGGCCAGGCCUGGAACUACAGUCUGAAGCAGAAGUUUGGCCUCAACACGCUGGAAAUCAGAAGGUGCUCUGUUGAGGAUGCUGGGGAGUACAAGGUGGUUGCCAAGAGUUCUCUAGGUGAAGCUACUACCAUUGCCACCCUGGUGGUCAACUCAUAUCAAGGAGCCGAGGCCGCAAUCGAGCAUUCCAGGACCCCAAUUGCAAUGCUGGAGCAGGAGGCUCUGUUUGAUUUCAGCUUCCCUCCGACCUGGGCGAAAGAGGGGGAGAAUCUGACCCUGCAGUGUGCCUUCUCCUCGCCCCUGCUGCCCUUCCAACAGGACGUGGCCUGGUUCAGAGAUGGAGUCCAACUGCACCAGUCCAGCAGGGUGGAGAUUCAGACCGCCCUUCGCUCCGCUUCCCUCACCCUGAAGGGCGUGCACAAGGAGCAGGAGGGCAUGUACAUGGUGCGUCUGCGUACCUGGGAGGGGGUCAAAGAGCAUAAAGCCUACAUUUUUGUCAAAGAUGCGUCUGCAGUAGUGUCUGGUGGUCCAGGCUCUCCUCUGGACCUGAAGGUUUCUGAUGUACAAAAGGACUAUGUCUUCCUCACCUGGGAGCCUCCCAGUGCUGAUGGAGCCUACCAAGUGGAGGGUUACUUUGUGGAGAGGUGUGACAUUGGUAGUGGGCAGUGGGUGCGUUGUAAUGACACCAUUCAGAAGGCAUGUCACUACCCUGUGAGAGGUCUGAGUGACAGCACCAUCUACCAGUUCAGGGUGUGUGCCGUCAACCAGGCAGGUGUAGGACGCCCCUCUAAGGCCACUGAGCCUGUCAUCACCACCGACCCUUUAGAACACACCAGAACUAUGGUUAUCAAGGUGGACAGAGGUAGAGAGAUCACCAUCACCAAAGACCAGCUGGAAAGUCAGAUGAAAGUCCCAUUCCCUCCCACUGGUGUCCAUGCCUGUGAGGUGAGUGACAACUACGCCGUGCUUAGCUGGACUGAGCCGGAGCCCAGAGGCAAGGAGCAACUUACCUUCUAUGUGGAGCGGUCCAUUGCAGGUAAAAACAGCUGGCAGCUGGCCAGCAUGGACAUCACGGUGGGCUCUCCCAGGUUCCCCAUGUUUAACCUACAGAAGGGGAAGUCCUACUGCUUCCGGGUGCGCUCCGUCAACAAGUUUGGCGUGAGCGAACCCUCAGAGCCGAGCCCGCCAAUCUCACUGGGACAACCCCAAGCUGCUCCUGCUCCAGCCACCUCCGUCUUGGCCAUCCGAGACACAGAUUCUGCUGUCCUGCUUCAGUGGCAGGAGCCCAAGGAGAAAGAAGGCAUUCUGGGAUACUACCUGUACUACAGCGAGGCUGGGAAGCAAGAGUGGAGGACGGUCAACAACAAACCAACCACCAACACCACGUUUACAGUCCAUGGUCUGAAGUCGAAGAAGGAGUAUGUGUUCAGAGUGAAGUCUGUGGGGCGAGCUGGGAACAGUAUCUACUCCAACGAGUCUCCCCCUAUCCUGGUGAAAGCAGCUCUCAUCGCCCCAUCCCCUUCCUCUGCCAUCGCCCUGCUGCUCUGCACUGGCUCUGAGAUGAUUCUCACCUGGAGAGCCCCUGCUAACAAUGGAGGAGACCCUGUACGAGGCUAUUACCUAGACCAGAAGGACAAAGAGCUGGACGCCUGGAGAAAGGUCAACACCAAGCCUGCCAAGGAGAGGCAGCACAAGGUCUGUAAUCUGGAUGGGGGGCAUUACUAUCAGUUCCGGGUUUUUGCUGCCAACGUGGUUGGUGUCGGUAAACCCUCUGAGCCCAGUGAGGCUUUCCUGUGUGAGGAGUGGACCAUGCCUGAGCCGGGCUGCCCUUAUGACCUGGAAUUCAGGGAGGUGAGGCAUAACUCUCUGGUCCUCCUGUGGGCAGCGCCUCUCUACGAAGGACAACAAGGACCAAUCACAGGGUACCUGGUGGAGCUGAGCGAGGGCGACCAAUCACAGAGCUGGACUGCUGUGAAUGAAGAGCCAAUUGCAGAUACCUUUUUGAAGGUGUCAGGUCUCCAGGCAGGUCGGACCUAUCGUCUCAGAGUGUGUGCAUUCAACAAGGCUGGAAUGGGCAUCCCUUCUCUGCCCUCUGAGCUUAUCAGAGCCCAGACCCAACCAGGCACCAGAGACAUAGAGAUUGGUGUGGACAAUGAUGGCUUCAUCUUCCUGGCCUUUGAGGCCACUGAAAUUACGGAGAAGAGCACGUUUGUCUGGAGCAAGAACUACAAAGAGGCUAUUGAAGCUGGGAGAGCCAGGGUACUGUGGGAGAACAAUAGGUCCAUCCUAACCUUCACAAACGCCACUAAAGAGGACCUGGGCCUGUACACAGCAGAGAUGAGUGACAACCCAAACAUCUCUUCCAGUUUCACCUUUACUGCGGAAGAUCUGGAGAGACUGACAGAGCUCGGCUGGCACAUCUGCCACCCAUUGAUAGCCCUGCGCUCCAAGUGGCAGGUGGAGGUGUCAGAGAAAGGAAACGUCCGUCUCUGGAUGCAGACUGAGAGCCUGAGCAACGCUGCAGAGCUCCGCCUCAUUCUCAACGACAGAGAGAUCUCCAGUACUGCAGCCCAUAAGAUUAACUUCGACAAGGCCAGUGGGCUGAUAGAGAUUCUGUUUGACCAGCUGUCUAAGGAGGAUGAGGGCUCCUACACAGCUCAGCUCUGCGAUGGCCGCGCCAAGAAUCAGUUCACCCUCGUGCUCGUGGACGAGAAGUUCCGUCAGACACUGGCUCAGUCCAUAGCCAACAGAAUGGACUACAAGAGAAAGUCAGGACCCUAUUUUCUGGAGUUUUUGUCAUGGACCGUGACAGAGGACUGUGAGUUUAUAAUCAAAUGCAAGGUGACCAACGUAAGCAAGGAUACGACUCUGAAGUGGUUCAAGGAUGGCGUGGAGACUCCAGCUGUGUAUGACCAGCAGACUGGAGUCAGCACCAUGACUGUGCAACAGGUGACUAAGAAGGAGGCAGGACACUACAAAGCCGUGGCGUCUGAUGGUAGAGGACAGGAUGUCAGCACACUGGAGUUACUACAUGAAGAGUAUGACAAGCUCCUCCAACUCCUGAGCAAACAGUGUGCGCUGUCUGCAGGCCCAGUGAGGAUUCAAUGCACUGCUAUGGGCUUCAAGCUCUACUGCUCUCUCAAGUACUAUAUCAGCUAUAUGAAGACCAGCUGGCACUUCAAGGAGAGUAGGAUUGACCAGUUGGAGAGGUGUAAGCCUGGCAGCAGUAUGCAGAAGCUGUGGGUCGAGGUCUUUGCGCCCACGGAGAACGAUAAGGGGAAGUACACUUUGGAGAUGUUUGAUGGUCAAGAAAAGCACACACGCUCACUAGACCUAUCUGGACAAGCCUUUGCUGACGCUCUGUUGGAAUACCAGAGGUUGAAGCAAGUGGCGGUUGCUGAGAAAAAUCGGGCCAGGGUGACCAAGGGCCUACCAGAUGUGGUGGCUAUCAUGGAGAAUAAGUCUCUGUGUCUGACCUGCUUCACUGAUGGCGACCCUGCCCCAGAGAUGUUCUGGCUGAGGAACGACAAAGGCAUCGUCUCGGGGGGCCAGUUCAACAUCGCCAACGAGAAUAAGUGCAGCACUCUGACUGUAAACAACGUGACUAGCGAGGACACGGGCAACUACAGCAUCUUUGUGCGCAACCAGUACGGCACUCAGACGGUCAACGUGACCGUGAGCGUGUACAAGCACGGCGAGAAGCCCCCGCCCGAUGCAGUGGAGAUGUAAGAAAGGAAGGAAUGAAGGAGUGCUGGUUUUGUUGCACUAAGAGAGGAUUCCAACUGGGCACAGACGUCAAUUCAAUGUCUUUUCCACGCUGGUUCCACAUGAUAUGGAAACACCGUUGAUUCGACCAGUGUGUGCCCAGUGGGUUGUGUUUGUAUGGUGGUUGAGCCAGUUAGUUUUCAUGGGGUUAAAUUAGAGUUAAUGAGGAGUGAAAUACAAGAAGCAGUUCAUUUGUGGCAUUGGGAUGUAGCAAUGACUAAGUUACAUGUGCAAGAGGGAAUGCAGUCAAUUUGAGGUCCAGUCAACACUGCAACAACCUGUAUUCUUGUGUCAUUAGACUACCAAUAAAUAUCCCAAGUGUCAGCAACAAUUUUAUGAUGUCGCCCCUUUCUUUCUGGAGCAAUUUAAUAAUAGGACCUGUGAGCAGGGACUAGAAAGCUCUGAAGUAGGAUUCGUUGGCCAAGGCGAGCACGUUAAAUGUUAAUUUCAUGUCUUGACAGCAGCAAACUUGAUCCGAAUUCCAAUUAUCUCCCAUGUUGUAUUUCACUAGAUAUGUCAUGUUAAUCAUGCACAUGGAGUAGAUUACAUAGGUGCACGACACGUCAAGUGCGUUUUUCUAUAUCAACCUAAUUUAUGUUCUGACCUCCGUGUAAUAAGGCAAUAAUCUCACUCGUUCAGUCUGCACCUGCAGCUUAAGUAGGUCUAUUAGCCUGUUAGCUCUCCACAUACAGUAUUUGUCAUAUCUGUCAUAUCGUGUGUCACUGCAAUCGCUUGUGUGCUGCUAAUAAAGUCAUUUGAUCUUG